AUGACGAUCCUCAACGUCCACGCAGGCUCCCUCCCUUCCUUUGCCCUCCGUCUCAAGAAGGACGAUAACCUCUCCACUCUCCGGUCCAGAGCAGCUGCCAAGAUCCGUCUGCAACUCAGCGAUGGGAUCCCUCUGGCAGUCAAGUAUGGCCACAAGGGAUCAAAGUACUCCUUGGAGGAUGAAGAUGAUUGGGAGAUUUUCACCGAGAGGGUCGGACAGGAAAAGGAGGCUGAUGUUUUCCUCACCUCUCCCGAGAUCCCAGAAUCGGAUAGCCACGACAGCCAGUCCCUUCACACCUCUGGCCGCGCAGGCUCAUUAGCCAACAUGCCCAUCAUCGACAACUCCACCCUCGUGGCCAAGACGCCCGGUCGGGGUAAAGGCGGUGCCGUCUCUAUCCAUCGUGUCACGCCUCACCAAGUCACCUCCGUAGACGAAUACGUCGAUGCAGGCGGUGUGUCUGGUGGUGGAAGAGACUCCAUCCUCUACCCUCCCCCGCGAGAGCCAGCUGCCAUGCCUGGUUUCAACAAGAUCUCCGCACCCGAGUAUCCCUCGUCGCAGCAUGAUGGUCACUCCACCCACCACGGCAACGGAGCAGAUGGUGCAUCUGUCAGGAGUGGUCGAUCAAAGAAGACGACUGGUACUGCAGUGUCCAAUGCAGAGACGCUUUCGCACAAGAUUGCUUUCCAAGAGUUCCACUCGCAACUAGGAGUGCGACUUCUCAAGGGAUCACUGGGACCUGUGCAAGAUGUGCCUAUGAUGCUCAAGAGUGGAUACAGACACGUCUACGUCUCGCGCUCCUUUGCCCUCAACCACGGCUUCAUUCCAAAGGACACCACUCCCGGUACUUACGGUUUCAACGGAAUUACCAACUUGGGUAAAUGGCCCGUCCAGGUGGGAUCAAAGCCCGUAAGCUGCACAGUGAUGCUAGCAGAGGACUCGUACUUUCCCGUUAUUCUAGGAAGGAGCUUCAUGGAGAAGAGGGGAGUAAGGACUGACCCAGUGGAUAUGACCAGCGUCAUCUUCAUGGACACUGGAGAGAAGCCAGAGGUGGAAGUAGUGGUGGUUAGGGAUGAGCAUGGAGAGCCUGUGCCGAUUCCCUGA